AUUAUCCGCCAUCCGCUGUGACARAGCAGUCAGGGAGGUUCAGCCAUGCCCGAGCCGGCCAAGUCCGCCCCCGCGCCCAAGAAGGGCUCYAAGAAGGCGGUCACCAAGACGCAGAAAAAGGGUGACAAGAAGCGCAAGAAGAGCCGCAAGGAGAGCUACUCCAUCUACGUGUACAAGGUGCUGAAGCAGGUGCACCCUGACACGGGCAUCUCGUCCAAGGCCAUGGGCAUCAUGAACUCCUUCGUCAACGAC